UUUGCGCAAGCGUCAAGAUCAUAGUCUGUCUGCGAAAUUGUCAUCCAGCAGACGGCACAGACAGUGGCUAUGAAGCUGGUUGUUGUUACUUGCGGUCAAGAACAUCUUGUAGUGCGUAAGUUCGUGCAUAAUUAGUGGUCGAAGAGAAGUUAGUGUAGAGGUUCUACCGUGGUACGUUCGAAAAGUGGAUUUUUCUCUAAAAAAACACCGGGAUGAUUUCUGUGAUUGGAUGGCGGAGGAAUAUUUUGGACCAUUGUGGAUUUUCCGUCUAGAUUCUAGGGAGACGAGAUAGAAGGAGGACGCCGGUCUCAGUUGCUUGAGGAUACCACCUGCAAUACUCCCACGCUGAAUCGUCAUCAUCGUCACGCAUGGAAAACGCAUUAGGCCCAAAGAUUGGAACCUUAUGACAGUCUGGAAAAUUUCGUCCCAGUCAACCGAACAAAAUGUGAUAUAAAUUACAAACCGAAUACCGCCGUGAAGCUCAACAUAUAGCCAACACACACAAACCAAACCCGCAAUAAAAUGGAGCUCACUCCGCAUUUAAAGAGCGUGCUCAUCAACUACCAACACAGUGCCACCAAAAGUCUCCAGGGACCAGGCCUGUCCCUGGUACAGCCCAGAGGAGAACUGGACUCCCCGGAAAUCAAAGAGGACGAAUACUUGAAGUCGUUCCCGGUAGUACAACAGGUACCAAUCUUCACCACGCCGGAUCAAACCUGCAGCGAGAGAACCGAGACUAUCCUCCGCAGCGAAAGCAUCUCCUGCUUCGAGGUAGGAGGCGAGAAGAGAUUGUGCCUGCCCCAGGUGUUGAACAGUGUGCUCAGAGACUUCAGUUUGCAGCAGAUCAACCAGCAGUGCGACGAGCUGCAGAUCUACUGCUCCAGGUGCACGCCCGAGCAGCUUAACGUGCUGAAGAAUCACAGGAUCCUGCCAAGCACUGCGCCAAGUUGCGGGUUGAUAACGAAGACGGACGCGGAAAGGCUGUGCAGUGCACUGCUGCAGGGCAGCCAGACUAAUACGCCCAUCGUGCACAGGAAGAACGCGCUGUCCUUCGGUAUCUACCACGAAUGCUUCGGGAAAUGUCACGGUAUAUGUUUCCCGGAGUUGUACACGUCGAAGAAUGCCAAGUGCAUCGAGUGCGUCGAUUGUAGGUUCGGGUUUUCCCCUCAGCAGUUUGUCUGUCACGCUCAUCGUAACCUGGAGAACAGAACUGUGCAUUGGGGGUUCGAGUCGAGUAAGUGGCGUAGUUAUAUUCUGGUCCCGAAGGAUCAGCCGGAGUAUGAACAGAGGGUGAAGUAUCUGGACGAUAUGAUGUUGAUGUAUGAGGACAAGUUGGCGUUCCCGCCGCCGCAGGUUGUGGAGGCUGUUACUCAUAGAAAACAGAUACUGGCAUCAGAACUGAUGAGAAAUCACGAUCUUCCACUGAAGAAACAAAAAUUACAAGAAUACUCCCAUUUACUUCCACCGUACAACAUGCAGAUACAACAGAUCUACGCUUCCCUGGACCCAUAUUACAACCCAUACGUCCAAGAUCUGGCUAACUUGAGGCACAUCUCAGCCUUCAGGCCUGUACCUUCAAUUUCGGAGAGCAAAAUCAAAAAAGGCAAUCAAUAUGCCGAACCUCCAGUUCUUCAACAUCCUGAAAAAGUUGUGCCAUUAUCAGAGUCUGAAAGAUUCAAUGGAUCCUAUCAGCCGAAUGUGGCACUAGCACCAACGCCGAAGAAACACCUCUUAUAUGGAAAAACAUCAAUCUCCAUAAAUGAAGCUAUUAAGUCUGAUCUCAAACAGAGGGCAAUGAUGGCCAAUGGAAAGACUAAGAAGGAGGUAGAGGAGUUGAAUGACUAUGCUGCUAAAGUCCAACAGUUUUUGCCAAAAGACAAUUUUUCCGUUAGAUUGAAUAGUGAGAUGGACCUUUCUUCAGAUACCGAAGAUAGUGCUUCAGAAUCAUCAGAGAGACCGACUGACCUCAAGCUCUUUGAAGAUCUGCUGAAGAACUUUGAUGCCUCUCCUAGACGUAAAAUCUCAAGGCUAGUGGCCGACCUGCUGCGAGAAAGAGAUUCGCUAGCGGAAAAAUUAAAAGAAAAGGAGGAAAUUAUAAAAAGUCUCCAAGAAAGCCUCGGCAAAGAAGACCUGAAAACCAAGGAAGUUCAAGAGAACAAAUUGGAGGUAAAGGUCGAAGAAAGGCAGGAAAAUUCAACGAACACGAUAAAAGUUGAAAGUACUGCCGAAGUAGUCGACACGGUAAAGCAAGAGGAGCCUGAACAAGCCAGUGUGAUAGUCUCUGCUGAACAAGAGACAAAAAGUUCUACUCAAUGAUCCCCUGUUAUCGUUAAGUGCAUUGGGAAGAACUUUAUAGUCAAAAGUUGUCCACCAUGAUACCACCUUAUCACUCUAUAUCAUUUUGGGCCAGUAGUAUUACUAGAUACUGAAGACUGUUUUGUCUCACAUCGAAGUUUUAAGGUUUGCAUGGUUUUAAGCAAUUUAAAAUCCACUAAAUAGGCUAUUUGUCACAAUAGAAACAUUGAUAUUCGACACUUUCACAAAAAAAAACUAUUGAAUCAAUAAUAAACACAAUUGCUUUUGUAUAUAUUUAUAUACCGGCGGUACAGAUUUAAAGAGUGACGCCAAGCUCAUAACGCCAUCUCUCGAGCUGGCACAGAGUUUUGACGGCCUCUGAAUUUGGCAUUUUGAUUGCUUUGUUUUAUUUUUAUUGAAAGUAGAUAAUAUCUGCUUUUUAUUUGUCGAAUAACCUAUUACAGUCACAAAUAUAACGAAAUUUUUGGAAUGUACAAGUGUUUUCGAUGUAAAACAGCAAUAAUUAUUGAAAUCCGAUGAAAAGCUCGUGUUUAGCUUAAAAUUCGUGAUCAAAAGACAAACCAGAAGUAUUUCGUUAUUUGUGUGUGGAUUUGCACCCCAUGCAAAUCAAAAUUUUUCAUUUCGAGUGAUGUAAGUGAAUAAAAUAUCAGUCAUUGUGGACGAACAAGUUCAAUUAAAUAACUGUGAGGCAAUCGUACUAAAGUAAAUCCACUGGAGAUCGAUCAAAUUUUUACAAAUUGUUCAUUAUAGCUUUAACCAAAUUUGAAUUUCUUGGUAUUUUCAGAGACUUCCAGAAUGAUCUCUACUAUGAGAUUUGAAUAUUUAUUAUUAUGCUUUUGUUUCAUUCAAUAAAUCUUUUUUAUAAAUUUUAACACUUUGCCCUUUGUACCAUAAUCUGGUCUAAUUCGAAAUUGUUCUUGUUAUAUUUUGUUUGUUUUAUUUUUAUUCCUUUUUAAGAUUGUUGAAAUAAUCAUUAUUUUUCAUUAAUAAAAAAAGUACAAAAAAGGUGCUUGAUUGCUACCUUUAUAAUAUUUUUAAUAUCUAAUAUUUUCUAGAUAAACCUUUCUUGCCAUGAUUAUCGAUUGAGAUGUUUUUAUUGCUUUGUGGUUGCAAUUUUUGAAGAAACUGGGUGCCUAUCAUUAUAUUGUAUAAAUUCCAAAUUCACUUUGUUUGGAAUAGAAUAGGAUUGUAUAUAAAAACUUUGAAGUUGAAUAACUUAGGUGAUUGUUUUCAAGAAGAGUCUUUCAUCGAAGUGAAUAACAUAUUUCUAGUUUUCGGAUGAGAUUAGGCGAAUAAAUUGUUUUUGUUUUUUAAUUUCUUCGAUUAAUAAAUGGGAAAAAUCGACCAAAAUUGUAUUUUACUCAGGUAAAUUGAACAAUCGUAAUCUGGAGUGCGCAGGUCGCUUAACUGAUUGUGCAACCACAUUUUUAUUGUAAAUAGAGAAUUGGAAAAUUUUAUGAAUAAUCAAUACUUUCACAAGUAGUUUAUAGCUUAUUAACUUUUGAGUUUUACCCGAGUUUUUUGUAAAUCUUCCGAUAUCUAUUGUUUUAAAUAAGUAUGUGGCGCCUGUAGGAUAAAUAUGUGUACAUAACUGAGCAUUGUAAUUAAGUAUGUAACUGAUUUUGGUUUAUAUUCAAGUUGGCGCUUUAUGUACAAAUACCAGUUUCUAUUUGGUAAAAGGAUCUGUGAGAUUUUGCAUUUCAAGGAUUUCGUAAACCCCUUAUUCACGCAAGGUCUGUAUCAGAGCUUUUUUUGAGCCUUCGGCCUAUUUUUGACGUCUGUCAAGCGUAAACGUCUACCGAACUUUCCUUCAGAAACGUCAAAGUCAAGUCUACCAACAUCUGUUUGACAUGACAAUGGUUUAACAAUUUUGUUACUUCAUGGUGAAUAAACUUAUUAUUAUAUAUAAAUUUUAGAUUUGCAGAUCUGUCGUUAACUCUGAAACAAACGUUAAAAGGCAGUGUUGUGUCAUCAGCAAUAAAUUCAGACCGGAAAUAUAUCUGAGAAAGGCCUCAAAAUAGGCACGACAAAAUGCAAUGAAAUAAGGGAUUCAAACAGAUGUAUUGAAGAAAAUAUAAUUCAUUGAUUUAUUCAACUACUUGAAUUUUUUCAAGUAAAAAAUAUUAAUUGUACUAUAAUCCAGCUUUUUUAAUCAAUAUCAUCAAUUCUCCAAGGAUAUACUACCAAAUUUCAACUGGUACCCUUAGUAAUUUAAUAACUUCUGAAGAUUUGCUUUUCUUCAGUCUCUUUCUCCUUGUCUUUCUCUUAUUUUCAGUUAUAUGGAUGACAGCAUUUCAUAUUUGGCAUAUUUGUAUAGGUUCUUGUAACUUGAAUGCUACUUUUUUUACUCAUUAAUAAUAAUUUAAAAUCAUCUCAUCAAUCAAUUAAUUUGAAUAGAAGAAGAGUAUACUUCUCUAUUUAAUUUCGUUUCUCGUCCAUAUGGCUGGUACAUUUUUUAAAUGGAAUAACAUCAAUUUGAAAUUGAAGGAAUUCGAAAAUGAAAUUUUAACGAAAAUUUCAUGAAAAAAUGAGUACUGCCGAAUUAUUAAAAGCAAUAUUUCCAACGUUUACAUUUGUGUUAUUCCUAUCAAAAUCUCUUUUCUCAAAAGUGACUUGUUGAAUUUGUUAUUGGUUAUAUAUAUAUUUAUAUAUAUUUUGUGAUCUCACAAUAAGAUUUAUUGUUACAUAAUAUUGAAUAAAAAUAGAUAAGUGUGUGUUACUUGAAAAAUAGAGGUAUAUUAUGUCAAAUAUACAAGAUUAUUUCAUUAAUAUAUAUUUCUGAAUUUUAUGUGUCAAAUAAAUGCAUUAAUUUAUA